AUGACUUGGCCCGAUGUCGCCACCAAAGCCGCGGAGGGCAUCUCCUACUACACCCCGGCACAAACGCCCCCAGCCGGAACUGCUCGCAACCCGCAGACUAGCGGCAAGCCCAUUCCCAAGCUCUUUCAGCCCCUGACUAUUCGGGGGACCACUUUCCAAAACCGCCUCGGAGUGGCGCCCAUGUGCCAGUAUAGUGCCGAAGAUGGUCAUAUGACUGCGUGGCACAUUGCUCACUACGGUGGCAUCGCCCAGCGGGGCCCUGGUAUGACCAUCAUCGAGGCCACCGGUGUCGUGCCCGAAGGCCGCAUCACUCCUGCCUGCGUCGGUCUCUGGAAGGACUCCCAGAUCGCCCCGCUCAAGCAGGUGAUCGAGUUCGCCCACAGCCAGGGCCAAAAGAUCGGUAUCCAAUUAGCUCAUGCGGGCCGCAAGGCGUCGACAGUUCCCCCGUGGCUGGGCGGCGUCACGGCCACGAACGCCGUGGGUGGCUGGACUGACAAUGUGAAGGCCCCUAGUGCAAUUCCCUUUGCCGAGGGAGAUAUUAUUCCUAAGGCCAUGACCCAAGACGAUAUCCAGGAAGUGAAGGAUGCCUGGGUUGCGGCUACUAAGCGUGCCCUGGCCGCCGGUGUGGACUUUAUCGAAAUCCACAACGCGCACGGAUAUCUGCUGUCGUCAUUCUUGAGCCCUUCAUCCAACCAGCGAACCGACCAGUACGGUGGCAGCUUUGAGAAUCGCAUUCGCCUGCCUCUGGAGAUUGCUCAGCUUACUCGUGACACUGUCGGACCUAAUGUUCCCGUCUUCCUGCGCGUCUCUGCUACCGACUGGCUCGAGAACAGCCUGCCCAAUGAGAAGGGCUGGAAGCUAGAGGAUACGAUCGAGUUCGCUAAAGCCUUGGCGGACCAGGGUGCCGUCGACCUCAUUGAUAUUAGUACCGGUGGUGUUCAUGCUGCGCAAAAGGUGACCUCUGGUGUGGGUUUCCAGGUCCCCUUUGCCACGGCUGUUAAGCAGGCCGUUGGUGAGAAGCUCCUUGUUUCGGCUGUGGGCACCAUCAACAGCGGUGUACUGGCUGAGAAGAUUAUGAACGAGGACGAUAUGGACGUCAUCCUUGUUGGCCGUGCCUUCCAGCGUGAUAGCGGCCUGGCCUGGGCCUUUGCCAAGGACUUGGACGUUGAAAUCGCUAUGGCCGCCCAGAUUCGUUGGGGCUUCACAAGCUUCCGCAAUGCCUCGGAAUAUAUCCAGCCCAAUUCUAUGAAGGCGUCCAUUUUUGACUAA